AUGGUGAGAGAAGAUGGCGGGCAGUGCCUCAAUCAUUCCCUCAUGCAUGCUAUUGAAAUCUACAGCCUCCAUGUGAACUGCAGAGUCACAUCACGAUUCGCUCACACCAUCAUCACCAGCAAAAUCAUCAACCGAGCUAAUGAGUCUCGUGAGGCAACCUUUGAAGUGGAGCUACCCAAGACAGCCUUUAUCACCAACUUCUCCAUGUCCAUCGAUGGCAAAGUAUACCCAGGAAUAAUAAAGGAGAAAGCGUCUGCGCAAAAGGAAUACGAUGCAGCAGUCUCACAGGGGCAGAGCGCUGGCCUCGUGAAAAUCACAGGCAGGAAACUGGAGCAGUUCCACGUUUCUGUCAGCAUUGCGGCUGGCAGCAAAGUCACUUUUGAGCUGGUGUACGAGGAGCUGCUGAAGCGGCAGCUGGGGCUGUUCGAGCUGCUGAUCAAGGUCAGACCCCAGCAGCUGGUUAAACACUUCCAGAUUGAUGUGCACAUCUUUGAGCCCCAGGGCAUACGCUUCUUGGAGACGGACAGCACCUUCAUGACAAACGAGUUAACUGAGGCACUCACAAAAGUGCAGAAUGAAACCAAGGCUCAUAUUUUAUUUAAGCCAACUGUGGAUCAACAGAAGGUAAAUCCUGAACUUGAUGAAACCCUCCUCAAUGGUGAUUUCCUUGUGCGUUAUGAUGUUAAGCGAGUUGCCACCGCAGGUGAUAUACAGAUUGUCAAUGGGUAUUUUGUGCAUUACUUUGCACCCCAGGAAAUGCCAGUGUUUCCCAAAAAUGUCAUCUUUGUUAUAGACCGAAGUGGCUCUAUGGCAGGCAGAAAAAUUGAGCAGACGAGGGAAGCUCUCUUGAAGAUUUUGCAAGACCUCCGCCCUGAAGAUCAUUUCAGUUGCAUCACAUUUAACAACAAAGUGUCAGAGUGGAAGAGUGCGUUGCUGCAAGCCACUGCAGAGAACGUGGAGAGCGCCGCAGGAUUUGUGCAAACUAUUACUGCCAGAGGAGGCACAGAUAUCAAUCAUGCCCUGCUGACUGCUGUGAGAGUGCUGGAUAAAGCCGAGAGGCUGCCGGAGCAGAGUGUCUCCAUGAUUAUUUUGCUGACAGAUGGUCAGCCCACAUCCGGUGAGAGUAAAGUGGAAGUCAUUCAAGAAAACAUACAGAAAGCUGUCAAUGGGAAAUAUGCCCUAUUCUGCCUCGGUUUUGGGUUUGAUGUCAGCUAUAAUUUCCUGGAGAAAAUGGCCCUAAGCAAUGGGGGAAUUGCACGUCGACUAUAUGAAAAUGCUGAUGCAGCCUUGCAGCUCCAGGGCUUUUACCAAGAGGUGGCUACUCCAAUACUAAUGAAAAUUGAAAUGCAGUAUCCAGAAAAUGCUGUUGAGGGGUUAACCAAGAACAAUUUCAAGCUCUUUUUUGAGGGAUCUGAAAUCAUAGUGUCUGGAAAAAUUAGCAAUGAGUUUGAUCUUUUGCCAGUGGAAAUUAAAGCUCAGUCACAUGGUAGUGACUUGACUCUUAAAGAAGAAGCAAAUGUCAAAGAGAAGGAGCAAGUAUUUCAAAAUCAAAGUUACAUCUUUGGAAAUUUCAUCGAGAGACUGUGGGCUUACUUAACCAUUCAACAGCUUCUAGAAAAAUCUAUUUCAGCCCAAGAAGAGCAGCAGAAAGCCUUGGAGGCACGAGCCUUGGAGCUGUCUCUGCAGUAUGGCUUUGUUACACCCCUCACUUCCAUGGUGGUCACCAAACCCACUGGCCAGCAGCAAACCGAGCUAGCAAAUAAACCCACUGAAGCCGACAAUGAGAAGCCCAGCAGCUUUCCAGUAGGAGCCAAAGAACAUCCACCACUUCUCUCGCAAUUACCCAAACAAAAUACUGAUGGGCAAGCAGAGCCUUCUGUCCUCCUGAUCUCAGAUCCAGAGCAAGGACUUUCUGUGACUGGGAAACAUGGGGACAAAAUAAAUCAGUCUGUGCAGUUUCAAAUUACCUAUGUGAAUCCUGCUGUGCAAAUCAGUGUCUCUGUGGAUGAGAUCGUCUUAAGCCAUGACAACAAGAACAUUCGGCUGCCGUGGACAGAAUCAGCAACCUCUGUUGUCCAGGGGCUGAGAGUCUCAGCUGAAAAGGAAAGUAGCGUAACAGUAUCACUGUCUGAUACAGUCACAGUAAAAAUAUCCCUUGUAAAGGUUCCAAACGAUUUCCUUCAGCUGUGUUUCUUGAAUAUCGACCGUUUUUCUGACAAAGUCACUGGAAUUCUGGGUCAAUUUUAUUUAAAAGCACAGCUUGAGAAUAAUGCCAAAGUAAAUCAGAGAGCUGAUGAAAGACUUCUAAACGUUCCAGGAUCUGAGCACAGACUUACCAGGCUAUACAAGAAAGAUUACAGGCUUGAGUCAGCUAGUGAGCCUGUUUCCUGCUGGUCACUAGUUGGAACUUCCUAG